AUGCGCAUUGAUGAGGAAGGUCGGCCGGUUUUCACGCCCGCGAAGGACACCAACCGCGCAUACCGGGUCGAAACCAGAAAAGUUCCAGUCCCGCCUCAUAGAAUGACUCCUUUGAAAAACACGUGGAGCAAGAUAUACCCGCCUCUUGUGGAACAUCUGAAACUCCAGGUGCGGAUGAACAUCAAAAACCGAGCAGUCGAGCUGCGCACUUCGAAAUUCACCACCGAUACGGGCGCGCUGCAGAAAGGCGAAGACUUUGUCAAGGCUUUCACCCUUGGCUUUGACGUUGACGAUGCCAUCGCUCUCCUUCGACUGGACGACCUCUAUAUCCGAUCGUUUGAAAUUCGGGAUGUCAAGGCGUCGCUUCACGGAGAGCACCUCAGCCGUGCGAUUGGACGUAUUGCAGGAAAAGAUGGAAAACUGAAGCAUUCGAUCGAGAAUGCCAGCCGGACCCGAAUCGUUCUUGCGGACCAGAAGAUUCAUUUGCUCGGUGGUUAUCGGAAUAUUCUUGCCGCUCAAGAGGCUAUUGUGAGCCUUAUCCUGGGAAGUCCUCCUGUGUCAAGCCGGAUGAAGGAACGCUUCUAA